AUGGAGAGCCUCACAAAUGACGAAAAGCAGCAGCGACUUACCGAAGAACUACAGAUACUUCAAAUCAUGCCGCGACUUAGAAUCGCGCUGCCCGCGCGGCCGAGAGGUGUCGCCGCUAUGCCGGCCAACGAUCGGAAGCUCAAGCUCCUUGAUGACAUAGCCAUGGCUGUCUCAACGGGGGAGAGUGGCAAGACGGUAGCUGUCGUAGUGCAAGAAAGGGACAACCGUGCUGUACACUUCACGCUGGCCGUAAACGGGCUGCCUGGGCCACGCGACAAAGCCGCUGCUGAGCAGUUUUUUGGAUCCUUGCUUCACCCAGAGGAGCAGUUUGAGGUACACAUGAUGAACACCAUAAGAAGCUACGCCAUGCCGCGCAUUGAGCGCCUGGCUAAGAAAGUCACCGACGCCUCCGAGAUGUUCCUCGGGGGUGGAUUUAUAGACUUGCUGGAGGACUGCAGCUGGGGACCUCACAAAGACCAAUUGCCGGGAUUCGAAUUCAUGAAAACAAAGCUUGCACGUCUUGAAGGUGCCUCCAUGCCCACAUGUCUCGCAAUGGUAUUCAGCCACCUCCACGAAUCCGCCGCCAAGCUUUCUGAGCCAGCAAAUGAAUCAGCCGGCGGUUCCCCCUCGCAUGCGAAGUGGAUUAAUUCGAUUAUCCUCUUUGCGUAUUACCUGGCUCGAGCUUCCGUCUUCUCCAUCCUCGCCAGCCACCCAGAAUGCAAAGGGAAUACGCGUUUCCUCAGCUUGUUCAGGUAUAGGCUAUCCAUGCUCGGAAGAUACUUUGGCUGUCUAGAGCGUCUGAAAGCACUUGUCCACUACGCUGGAGGGAAUAUAUCAUGGGAGUGGUACUGCGAAACUGGUGCGGGGAUCGUCAACGAUUACCCGGUUACUAUGCGUCGAUCCCAUCUGGAAAUCAUUAGAUCUGGGUUGCCCCAGUGGAUGGAUGACGAUGACAGAGAGGAGGCAGACAUGAUUUUGGGGAAAGAAUGUCCAAAAUACAAGAAGACGGUUCUAGUUUCGACUCACCCCGCUCUCCGGCUCAUUCUUGGGACCAGAGGGUCUCAUCUCCAACUCAUAGGUUGCAGUGAUGGGAUCUGUCUCACCACCGGAGAGUGGAUAGAGGAAUAUAACUUGGCGAAGAAGACAGAGUGGCGGUUCGGCCCGUCCUUGAGAGAAUCCGACCCAUCAUUCGCUCUGACACAUAUAUUUUCAUUCGAGGACAAGGUCUACGAUAUAGUUGAAAAUAUGAGGGGCCUUGCCGUUAACGACGAGAUGAGGCCUCGCGAUCACGAUUACUAA